AUGCAGGGAGGUGCUGCCCACGCUGGAAGCGUAUUCGGACUGGCUUGGUCACCUUGCGGUCAGAAGAUUGCCACAGCAUCCGGGGACAAAACGGUAAAAAUCUGGAAUGUUCCGGAGAAAUCUCUCACAAAAGUGGUAACCUUCGGCGACUCCACUGAGGACCAACAGAUUGGAAUCUCAUGGAGCCCAAAGGCUCUCGUAUCAGUUUCACUUGCAGGAUUCCUUAACUUUAUUGAUCCUGAAGGAAAUAUAACUAGGGUAGUUCAUGGUCACAAUAAGGGAAUAACAACACUAGCGCUUUCUUCUUGCAAACAAUGGCUGAUUACAGCCGAUUUUGAGGGGCAUAUAUCUCGUUGGAAUAUUUCAAAUGGCGAGUCGAUUCGAGUCCAACCAGCUCUUCACAAAUCUCAGGUGGUGGGGUUGACUACUGGAAAAGAUGAAGUCGUGAUCAGCUGUGCAUGGGACGAUACAGUCCGUUUUACUCGCGGAGUCAUGGGCAGUCCUGAUUCCAUACAGUCAUCAAGUGUGAAUUUGCCAUCACAGCCACAAGGUAUGGCUUCGGAAGGUCACUCGACUGUUAUAGCAUGUUACAAGAACAUUUUGGUGUUUGAGGGUGAGAAGUUAUCAGCGGAUCUCAGCGCGAACUUCAAUCCUUCUUGUGCUGCUAUUUAUGGUAACCUCGUUGCUGUCGGCGGGCAGGAUUCAAAAGUGCAUGUCUUCUCAUAUUCUGGAGGAGCUUUACAAGAGAAGACGACCCUGCCCCACACAACCCCUAUCACUAGUGUAGCAUUUUCCCCAAAUGGAAAAUACUUGGUCGCGACGGACAGUGGCCGUAAGGUGAUUCCUUAUUCCGUAGAAGACUUCAAAAGCGUCGCCAGCAAGGAAUGGACAUUCCAUACUGCCAAAGUUAACUGUGUGGCAUGGAGCCCUGACAAUCGCCACUUGGCUACGGGUGGACUUGACACAAAUAUCAUCGUUUGGGAUCUGCGAAACAGUGGAGACAUUCCUAUAUAUAAUUCAGUUACCGUUGAUACCGUUGAUAUGGUCUGA